AUGUCUCGCACUCUCGCUCUUGUCACUGGCUCAAACUCUGGCAUUGGCCUUGCCGUCAUCAAAGAGCUCGCCAUCAAGCACAACUACCACAUCCUCCUCGGUGUCCGCAACAUCAAGGCUGGCGAAGAAAUCGCUGCUGAUCUUCGUAAGGAUGGCUACCAUGCUUCAGUCGCCGAACUUGACUUGGCAUCCGAAGAAUCCGUCAACAAGGCGAUUGAACACAUCGAGGUCAACUAUGGCUACCUUGACGUUCUCAUUAACAACGCUGGUGUUUUGCUCGAUUGGCACCAGGACAUUACCACUUGGGACCGUUUCCAAAAGACCUUUACCACCAACGUCGUGGGAACAGGCAGCCUGACUGUUGGUCUUCUCCCGCUUCUUAGAAAGGCAAAGGCUGGACCGCCUCGCAUCAUUUUUGUCACCAGCGUCAUGGGCAGCCUGGAGAAAGCAACCGACACAACUACAUUGUACUAUAAUAUCGACUACAAGACAUAUAAUGCAAGCAAAGCUGCGGUCAACAUGCUUAUGUUCAACUUCGCGCGAGAGCUCGACGAUGUUGGUGGAAAGGUCAACUCGGUUUGUCCUGGAUUGGUCAAGACAGCUUUGGUUAACUAUCAUGAGUAUGGAACAACCACUGAGGUUGGCGCGGAGAGGAUUGUGCAACUGGCGACUAAUGUGAGCCCGGAUGGACCAACAAAGACUAUCAGUGACCGCAAUGGAGAACUGCCCAGGUAG